AUGGCGACAAUGACGGCUAUGCUUCCCAAUGAAAUCAGCUCAUACGUUCGCGCGUGUGACGACGGCGUCGAAGUCGACCUUGAUCCGGUUGCCGAUGGAGAUGUAUACGCUGAGGACUCUCAGCUGGAUGCUUCUGAUCCUCGGUGUCGAGGCGACGAAUAUGGUCUCGAUUAUGGGGAUACGACUACGCGCGGAUACGAGGGAGGCUAUCAAGAAGGGUCGCCGCUAGAGGCGAAUUCAAUCUCAGCACCGGAGCAGACGCUACCUGAUGAAAAUAUCCCUCCCACGGUGAACACGUUCGUGCCGGAGAACGGAACGGAUGCUUAUCCGAGUCAAACCACGCCUAGUCUCACCGAUGCAGACAUUCAGUACUGCCCGGACACAAACCAACCUAUAUAUUUCGACCGCGCAGCCAAUCAAUGGUUCUACGUAGAUCCAGCUUUCCAAGUCGAUGGAACCUCUUAUGGUCAAGCUGAGGAUCCGUCUGCCGCCGAGGCUCAUGAUCAGUACAACACUCAAGUCGAGCGCACCGAAGCGAUCCCGGAUGAUGGAUCUGAAGUUCUUUGCGCCCCUGAUGGCCACACUCCGGAAACCGGAACAGACGAUGUUCCCGUGGAGACAGGAGCAGAACAGCAAUACUACGACGGGCCAGGCGAUUCGAUCUCUAACGUCAACCAGACAGAAGAUCAGGUCUGCCAGUAUCCCGCUGAGCAAGCUCAUGUGACUGAAGAGCAGAUCUAUGUCACCGACCAGGAAUCUCACGAGGUCUCUUCAAGACUAAUUUCUCCUGGAACAGAUACUUUAUCAAAUGCUGGCAGCGCGUGUCUGCAGGUUGUUGGAUGUGCGAACGGAGAGCCCGCCUCGGUGGAGGCGUACGAAGGGCAGGAAAUUCCGUAUGCUGCGUCAGACGCAGAAUAUUCUGCUGAACAAGAAUUUGCCCAAAGUUCUGAGCCGAUCGACGAGUCGGUCGCUCCGGUUGACGGAUACAGCGAAGUAGAACAUCAGUCGGAUCUUGACCAAGUGUUUUUCGGCACUCGGGCUCCGGAGUCAUUGGCUCAUCGGAGUUGCUCUCAAAUUCAUCCCGAAGCGACUUCCGGCUGUACAGAUCAGACGAGUACGAGUUUUGCGACUGGCGAGACAAACCAUCUCGGAGAGGCGCAUCCGGAAGAAGCUGCGCCCGACUACGAGGUCCAGGAUGUCGUUUCGGAUCCGGCCACGUACCCGGACAUGACGCAACAGUAUCAGGAAGAAUACGCUAUCGAGCAGGAGCAGUACCACAAUGGCGGCUACCCGGUCGUUGCCGCAGCGUCUGAAGAGUACGCUCAAGAGUACUACGACUCGGAGGGUCAUGUAGCGCAGAGUGUCGUCGCCGAAGAAGGUGGACAAGCGCUCGAUCCGACCGCCUAUGAGGCUGAACUUCAAGAGGGCCUCGCUCCAGAACAAUUCCCCAUCGAAGGCCAUCAACUGGACCCUGGAGCCGAAUUAGCGGCACAGGGAUACGUUGACGGUACGUACACCAAUCUCGAGCAAGCGUACGCUGAGCAGUACGACGGGGGACAGAAUACCGUAGCCGGACAGCAGACUUACGACACGGGGGCGGAGUACUACUCUUAUGAGCAGGGAGUCGGGGAAAACGUCGUUGCCGGGGAGGCGUCCGCUGCUGCCACAGAUGAGGCUUAUUAUUCGAACGGAACAUUCGAGGAACAAGACGCUUCAGGAGUCCACUACGAGGAGGUUCCGACCGUACCGUCUACAGACGCUGUAUAUUACGCUGAAUCAGCUCAGGGAACCUACGAUGCGGACGGCGUUCAAGCAUCUGAUUCAACCCACAAUAAGGCUGGUGAUGCUCUGGCGAUCCCUGAUGGGGACGCGGAGCCUCCUGCGGAAGCCGCACUGUAUGAGUCUGACAACGCAUAUGUCGAUGGGACAGAAGCUCCAUUUUCUGAUCAAGGCUACGUCAGUGAGCAGACGAUCGGAAGCACGGAAUGUGAUUACGGAUCGCAAGCUCUCGAUGUCGUCCAGGACUCUCAGCACCAAGCGGAGUUCAUUGCUGAGUACUCACAGACGGAUGAACGGCCGCUCGAUGGAUUAACGGAUGGUGAGCAGUAUUCGGAGGUCGUGACUGAGCCCAAUGCGGAGACGUUGGGUCAAUACCCCCAAGAGUACGUGCACGAAGCCCCCCAGGAGUACGUGUACGAGUCCCUCCGAGAAUAUGUGCCUGGAUCCCCCCAAGAGUACGCGCAAGAGGCCCCCCAAGAGUACAUGCAAGAAGCCCCCCAAGAGUACGUGCAAGAAGCCUCCCAAGAGUACGCGUACGAAGCCGCCGCAGAGUACGCGAGCGAAGCCUCCCAAGAGUACGCGUACGAAGCCCCCCAAGAGUACGCGUACGAAGCCCCCCAAGAGUACGCGUACGGAGCCGCCGCAGAGUACGUGCAGGAGGCCCCCCGAAAGUACGCGUACGAAGUUCCCGCAGAGAAGGCGUAUGAAGCCCCGCAAGAGUACGUGCACGAAACCCCCCAAGAGUACGUUCACGAAGCCACUCAGGAGUACGUUCACGAAGCCACCCAAGAGUACGUUCAUGGAGCCACCCAAGAGUACGUUCAUGGAGCCCCUCAAGAGUACGUUCACGAAGCCCUCCAAGGAGACGUCGGACAUCAUCCUGGAGAGUACGCGCAAGAACAAGUUCAGGAGUAUGCAGGAAGAGACUCUCAGCAUAUCCCUGAAGGGUCCACGCAGGAAAACGUAGCACACCAUGCUGAAGACCAGACAGCUAGUGCUCUAAACGGUAGCGCGUAUGCACUAGAAUAUGAUGAGCUCGAGAAUAAGCCCAUCCUCGACUCUGUCGAAGAAAAUCUUACGACGUCAAUCAAAAGAGCCGCCAAUAUCGUCAAGGGAAAGCCAUUCACGCUCGAAAUGGAUAGCACCGAAAAGUUCAAGAGCUUCCGUCUAGAAUACGAAAGGACCCCGGCUUUCGAAUCAUUCGGCUACUGUCUCAAAUUUCUCGGUAUCAGGAGAGGAUUCGUUUGUUCGAUUCGACCCGACGGCGUUGUAAGCGUGCAGCUGAAAGGGAAGCAGCACGAUGAGUGGUUCAAUACCGAAUUCGAAUAUGACUCGUCGAAGCCGGCUGGAAAGAUUGAAAUCGGUCAUAUGUACAUCAUCGAGCACUUGUACAACGGAUGCAUCUAUCUGGAACGUUGUCGGGUGAAGCAUGUUCGCGGAACAGAGGCUCUAAUUUAUCUUCUGGACAACGGAUGUGAACGGCUCAUCUCCAUAAACAAACUGUACGAUAUCCUUAACCUGCAGGAUGUCGAGCGUCUGCCACCGCAGGUUGUUGAGAUCCACGUGGUCGGACUCACUAACGAGGGAUACUCUGAAGAAGACCUCGAGCGACUCGAAAGGGAUUGGAAUGCCUACGAGGAAGUCUACAUUAUCCCCGUCGAUGCUCCGAAAGACGGACUCAUGCACUCAGCCCCCAUACCCGGAGACAGCGACAACGCAAACUCCUCGAAGACGGACGACGUUUCGGACGAACUCCUCGAGAGGAGCUAUGAGAGACGGAAGCGGAGCGGAAGUACUCCGAAACAGAAGCUCCUCCGAGGCUGGUGCAAAGACAUAACGACCAGCAGGGGAAACGAGUGUCAGGACUUCGACGACGAUCUUGAGAGCUCGUAUGACGAUCUCAACGGGUCUGUAACUCCCUCCGAGAAUCUCGACAUCAUCUAUAGCCAGCACGGCUUUAAACGCAUAAAAUUGGUGAACUACGAAGCCGACGGUCACCUGAUCGUCCAGGUUCUGGAGUAUUCCUUCAAACUCUUCGAAAUGGCUCGUUUCCAGUACGACGAGGCCAGACCUGCGCAAGGCCUCCGGCCCCACCGCUAUUACUUUGCGAAGGUCCCGCUAAGCGACGGGGGACAUUACGGGAACAGAGCUUUGUAUCAAGCCGAAUCGGAAUUCGAGAGCCACGUCACGAUGUGGUUCCCAGAUACGUGGAUGAAGGUGCCGGUUCCGAGAGCCAAUAUUUACGAAAUCGAGAACUACGACGACGCUGCCAAGCUUCCCCAUCAGGCUGUGAAGGUGUCCGUGGCCGGCGUCACGAAUAUGGGCUAUUCGGAAGAACAACUUCAAGAAUCCCUCGGAGGUUGGGUCACAUCGGACGACAGCUUCUUCAUGAUUCGAGCUAAGCCCUCGAGAAAGGAUAAACACGUAGAACGUUCCACCGGAGUUCCGAGAGUUCUGAUUAUGGAUGGCCAAGGGCGUGUCCUGGGUGUUUGGAAGAGGUCGCACUCAGAGAAAAGGGAGGCAGGCUCCCCUGCUUCACCGACACGACCCGCUGCAACGCGGGAAGUUCGAGUCGCUUCGGAGGGGUAA